GCCAAGGCUUUUGGCAGGUGUUCCAAGCCCUGCGAAACCGGUUGGCCUACUUUCCUCAGGUGGGGGCGGGCACGACUCCCCACCUGAGGACUGAGCGCCUGGGUCUUUCACGAUGGUGCUGGCGAACUCGAAGGCCGCAAGGGAUGCUACCGCCUACUUCCGGACGGCCAGCCCGUUGCCCUCGCUGGUCACGGGGCUGGGGCUGGGAUACUUUGCGUGGGUUGUCCUCUGGCCGCAGAGCAUCCCUUAUGAGAGCCUUGGGCUCCUGGGCUCUUUCACUCAGUACCUGGUGGACCAUCAUCACACCCUCCUGCACAACGGGUACUGGUUUGCCUGGAUGAUUCACGUGGCAGAGUCCUUGUAUGCCAUGGUGCUGUGCAAGUAUAAAGGAAUCACAAAUGGUCGGGCUCAGCUACUCUGGUUCCUACAGACUUUCUUCUUUGGGAUAGCAUCUCUUUCCAUCUUGAUUGCUUACAGACCAAAGCGCCAAAAACAAAAUUAAAAGCAAAUAUACAGAAGUUUCCUCUACUUAAUUCAGACACCUUUCCAGGGUGACGGGGACUGCCAUUUUCACUCAAUGAUAUUUCUAUUUUGUAAAAAGUGUCCCUCAAAGCUAUCUAGGACCCUGCAGUUACUCAUUUUUCGUAUAAUAUGCUGUGGUUGAGCUUGAAUAGACCAGUUAGUUAACAAGGAAAUAGGAAAAGUAAAUACAAGUUUACAAGUAAAUUAAGGAACUAGGAAAAGAUUUUAGCCUUCAGCUCUGCAUACUCAGCACAGAAGAGGGCUUCUCCCCCAGCUUCUUGAGGGCCUCUGGCGUUGUGGGCUCUGCUGUCAUCUGGGCUGAGACACACGCUCACUAGAUUUGCUUGUUGGUUUUUCUUUGCUCCUUUCCUUCUUGUUAAAACAUCUUGGCCGCACUACCACCAUGUUAGCUCUCCUUCCCUUAAAUUCUCUCCAUCUUUCUGGACCAAGAUGUAGGGACACUUCUACAAUACAUCAGUUCCUUAUACAUUUGUUAGGCACCUCUAAGGCAGAAUCUUACCCUUUCAAACUUCUGUUUCUCAAAUUACAGAGAAAAAUAAGGAAGUUGGAACGGUCAGACUGAGUGAUCACAUAGAGGCACACUGAGAAUCACGGCUGGUGGCCUUCCCUGCUGCUGACCGAAGUGUCCUUUCCCUACACUGGACCCCGGGACACGGUGCCCUGUGGCUCGCAGGGGUUGAUUGCUGCUCCAGCUCAGGGUGCAGCUUAGCUCUACUUCCCCCACCUUACCUGUCCCCCUGCCGUGCACGGAGUUGUUUGACCAGUGUUGAUUGCUGACUUCACUUUCUACUCGUUCAUUAUCAUUCCAAUUUUUAUGUGAAAACUACAGGACUCAUUGCAUACACUGUCCUCUCAAAAGACAGCCGCAAGACCUUUGGCUGACUGUGUCACCGCUUGGUGAGACUCCCGGUGGGAAACCUGUCUCUUUUUCAUGCUUUCAUGUUCUCCAUCACUGUCUCCAGACUCCAAGUGUCUUCCUCCAGCUCUGAAGAGUCUAGCUCACGGUUUAUCCAUCAAGUUAGUGUCUUCCAUUCUGGUGGAUAUAUCUUACUACUGUUGACUGGUGGGAUGACUCUGUCACCAUUAGGAGCCAUUAGGCCUCCUUCCCUAGAGGAUGGCUUACUUGUUCUCUUUGGACUAGUCUUCAUACCCCUUCCAUAAUAUGGGGAGGGGGCAAGUUAUUUGUAUUAAGCAGACAUUUAUGAGAAACAACUACCUCCCCCAAAAGAGAGCUUCCAAUUGAAACCACAAUAUAAAAGAUUAUGGACUGGGGCCACCGACCCUGUUGCAUAGCACGUUAAACCUCCACAUCACACAUGGGCACUGGUUCCAGACCCAACUGCUCCGUUUCUGAUCCAGCUCUCUGCUAAUAAUGUGCCUGGGAAAGCAGCAGUGGAUGGCCCAAGUCCUUGGCCUGCAGCCUCGUGGGAGACCCAAAAGAAGUUCUGGGCCUGGCUUCAGCUUGGCCCCGCCCCAGCCACUGUGGUUAUUUGAAGAGUGAACCAGUGGAUGGAAGAUUGCUGUCUUGCUUGCUCUGUCUUUUAAAGAAAAAAGAAUAUGGACUAUGAAUUAUUUCUGGUGGUAUUUGUCUUAAAGUUUUUCUCUAGUUCUCUUGUGAUUAUGAGUUGCUUUUCACUAAGGAACCACAUUUUUGACCAUGGAGUUAAGCAUCAUGGAAAUCAAACCCAGUUUUUAAGAAGUCCUUUCCAAAGAGAAAUAAUAAUGACUAAUAUUGGUGGUGCUGGGGACCGUGCUAUCAGGUUACUGAAUGAAAUGGAUUAAUUUAAAUAAAAUGCUGUGAGUUAUCUCUUCAA